AUGAGGGAGUGCAUUUCGAUUCACAUCGGUCAAGCUGGUAUUCAGGUCGGCAAUGCCUGCUGGGAACUUUACUGCCUUGAGCAUGGCAUUCAUCCUGAUGGCCAGAUGCCGAGUGACAAAACCGUUGGUGGAGGUGAUGAUGCAUUUAACACUUUUUUCAGCGAAACUGGAGCUGGAAAGCACGUCCCUCGCGCUGUUUUCGUAGAUCUUGAGCCCACUGUCAUUGACGAAGUGAGGACUGGAGCAUACCGUCAGCUCUUCCACCCUGAGCAACUCAUCAGUGGCAAGGAAGAUGCUGCCAACAACUUUGCCCGUGGCCACUACACCAUUGGGAAAGAGAUUGUUGAUCUCUGCUUGGAUCGCAUCCGGAAGCUUGCUGACAACUGCACUGGCCUUCAGGGUUUUCUUGUUUUCAAUGCUGUUGGUGGUGGUACUGGUUCGGGCCUUGGGUCACUUCUGCUGGAGCGGCUUUCUGUUGACUACGGCAAGAAAUCAAAGCUUGGUUUCACCAUUUAUCCCUCACCCCAGGUUUCUACAUCUGUUGUGGAGCCCUACAACAGUGUCCUGUCAACCCAUUCCCUUCUUGAGCAUACUGAUGUUGCUGUGCUUCUUGACAACGAGGCCAUUUAUGAUAUCUGCAGGCGCUCCCUUGACAUUGAGCGCCCCACUUACACCAAUCUUAACCGCCUUAUCUCCCAGGUGAUUUCUUCACUUACUGCUUCUUUGAGGCGCUCCCAUGACAUUGAGCGGCCCACUUACACCAAUCUUAACCGCCUUAUCUCCCAGGUGAUUUAUUCACUUACUGCUUCUUUGAGGUUUGAUGGAGCCUUGAAUGUCAAUGUGACUGAAUUUCAGACCAACCUUGUGUCCUACCUCAGGAUCCAUUUUAUGCUUUCCUCAUAUGCUCCUGAAAUCAAUAUAGAUGGUGUAAGUGGUUUCGUUUACAUCUACAAGCUUGUCGAUGCGUGUUUGUUCCCGUGUCAAGAUGAGCCAGGGAAAACUCUGCAUUUUAAUGGUUUUUAG